GACGAUUUUCGAUUCGAUUUUGUGUUUCUAUCUAAAAAUUAAACAUUUUUCUUAACACAUUUCCCCGAAAUUUGGAUUCAAGCUCCUGACUUUUUGUUCCUUUUUGUGGAUGAUUUUCGUGUUUCGUCACAGUGUGUAAUUGAUUCCUUAAUUUGUUUUUUUUUUUUUGAAUACCCAAAGUUAAUUUCCGGUUCUGAUUUUCGUUUAAUUUUUCCACCCAUCUCGAUUACUGCAGCUAUUUAUCUUCCCCAACACUGCUUUUUGUCUGAUCCAAGAAUUGGUUAAAUAAAGUGAGUAAAGUUUUGAUUUUUCUUAGCUUAAAUCGACCUCUUGAUUGGUCCUCUGGUGAAUAUUAGAAACGUGUAAAUGGCACCAGUUAGGAAGUCGAGGAGUGUGAACAAGCGUUUUACCAAUGAAACUUCCCCAAGAAAAGAUACUGGGAACUCGAAAAAAAAUAAGCAACGUAAGAAGAAAUUGUCAGACAAGCUGGGACCUCAGUGGACCAGACUAGAACUUGAGCGUUUCUAUGAUGCUUACCGGAAGCACGGGCAGGAGUGGAGAAGGGUGGCUGCUGCAAUUCGGAAUAGUAGGUCUGUUGACAUGGUGGAAGCUCUUUUUAAUAUGAAUCGGGCUUAUUUAUCUCUCCCCGAGGGAACUGCCUCUGUAGCUGGCCUUAUUGCGAUGAUGACAGAUCAUUACAGUGUCAUGGAAGGGAGUGGCAGUGAAGGAGAAGACCAUGAUGCUUCAGAAGUACCAAGGAAACAACAAAAGCGCAAACGUGCUAGACCUCAACUUAGCGAUUCUCGGGAGGAAGUUGAUAUACAACAUUCAAUUGCUUCACCAGAUGGAUGCCUCACGUUUUUGAAGCAAGCACGAGCUAAUGUUCAUGUAGGAACUCAGCGACGUGCCACUGGAAAACGUACACCACGGGUUCCUGUACAAACUUCAUUUAUGAGGGAUGAUAGAGAAAGAUCUACUCCACCAAAUAAAAGAGCCAGGAAGCAAUUCGAUGCCAAUGAUGAUGUAGCACAUUUUUUAGCGUUAGCAUUAACAGAUGCGUCGAGAAGGGGAGGGUCUCCAAAAGUUUCUGAAUCACCAAAUAGAAGAACAGAACUUAGUGAUAGCUCACCGAUAAAGAGCUGGGGGAAAAUGUCGCGAACCAGAAAAUCUCAAUCCAAGCACUGUGAAAGCUCCAUUUUCGAGGAGUGGGUGGAAAGUAGCCGAGAAAGGAAGCUUGAAUCUGAUAAAGAUACUGCCUUGUUGAUGGAUACCGAAGGGGCUGGCGAAAUGGAGGCUCUGCGGAAGGGGAAAAGAUUCUACAAGAAAAAAGUGAAAGUCGAAGAAGCAGAAGGUAAUGAUUCUGAUGACAAUGGAGAAGCAUGCAGUACCGCACAGGGGAUCAGAAUUAAAUCACAGAGACGAAAGGCAGCUAUUCAAGCCUCAAGAGGGAAAUAUUCACCGCGCAGCCCAACAAAAAGAGAUAACAAACUUACUUCCGGAGGUGAAUUUGAUGCUCUGCAAGCAUUGGCCGAAUUGUCAGCUUCAAUGCUUCCAGCAAAUUUGAUGGAGUCAGGUCCAGAAUCAUCUGCUCAGUUGAAGGAAGAAAGGACAGAAUACGACAUGGACGAGAAAUCUAGCACUCCAGAAGCUACUUCCACAAGCAGUCAUGGGGAAAAAGCAAAUGCAGAACCAGAUGAUAGUCUCCUUCAUGCAAUUUCUUCGGCUGAGAAUGCUUACAAGAGAAAGCCAAAACCUUCAAGGCUGGCAUCAACUGAUUGUGAUGCUGUUCCCACAGGGAAGCUACAACCGCAAACUAGUGGCAGUUUAAGAAGAAAACGUAAACCAAAGGUAUUAGGGGAUGAAGCUCCAGCAGAUUUUAGUCAGAACAAAUCCAUAAACGAGAAGGAAUCACCUCAAGAUGAGAAUAAUAUACACUCUUUGGCUAGAACAAAACGCGCUGGUCAAGGUCCAGCUCAGUCAAAACAGUUGAAAAUUGUUAAGGCGUUGGAGGAAUCUACUACAACAAGUGAUAAGAAAAGACCUGUGACGGAUAUAGUAGCGUCACCUAAACAAGUUUCUGAUUCAGGUCCAACCAGUUUAUCGCAGAAACCUCCAAGCAGGCGUAAGAAGAGUCUGAAGAAAAGCUUACAAGAAAGGGCUAAAUCUUCUGAAACCAUUCUUAAAGCUUCACGUAGUUCCAGAUCUCUCACAGAACAGGAGUCGUUAUUAAAGGAUAAGCUUUCUACUUCCCUGUCGUUUCCCUGGGCACGUCGAAGGUGCAUAUUUGAAUGGUUUUAUAGUGCUAUCGACCACCCCUGGUUUUCAAAGAUGGAGUUUGUCGAUUAUCUAAAUCACGUUGGGCUUGGUCACAUUCCAAGACUUACUCGUCUUGAAUGGAGCGUGAUUAAAAGUUCUCUUGGUAGACCCCGAAGAUUCUCUGAGAGAUUUUUACAGGAAGAGCGGGAGAAACUUAAACAGUACCGCGAAUCUGUACGAAAGCAUUAUACAGAGCUUCGAACGGGUGCUAGGGAAGGGCUUCCUACAGAUCUGGCUCGGCCAUUAUCAGUUGGGAACAGAGUCAUUGCCAUCCAUCCCAAAACACGGGAGAUUCAUGAUGGCAAAAUUCUCACCGUUGACCAUAACAAAUGCAACGUUCUGUUCGAUGACUUGGGCGUAGAGUUGGUUAUGGACAUUGAUUGCAUGCCUUCAAAUCCAGUGGAAUACAUGCCAGAGGGUCUAAGGAGGCAAAUUGAUAGGUGCUUGUCUAUGAAGAAAGAACCACAGCUAAGCGGGAAUUCAAACCUUGGUGUGUCUGUGAUAUUCCCUCCUUGCGGACUUGAAAAUGUCAGCUUUUCCAUGAAUCCUCCUCUGAAUCAGGGUGAUAUGAUUGCUCCCAUUCUGCAUGGUAAAGUAUCAACAAACACUAGUAGUCCACAGCAGACUAAUCAUUCAUAUAUCACAACUUAUAACAAAGCAAGAGAAGCUGAGAUUCAACGAGCACUUGCGCUACAGCAUGCUUUAGAUGAAAAGGAAAUGGAGCCAGAGAUGCUAGAAAUUGUUAAGGGUUCAAAAACAAGAGCGCAAGCAAUGGUGGAUGCAGCUAUAAAGGCUGCAUCAUCUGUGAAGGAAGGAGAAGAUGUGAACAAAAUGAUCCAAGAAGCCUUAGAGUUGAUUGGCAAAAAUCAGCUAUUACGCGGCUCCAGGGUCAAACAUCACGAGCAUGUAAAUGGCAGCAUAGAGCAUCAUCACAACCCAUCUCCUUCAGAGGCAUCAGAGCCUGUGGCUAACAAUGAUUUUAACUCACAAGAUGGUUCGGAGAAAAACGAAGCUCAAAUGCCUUCAGAGCUAAUCACCUCCUGUGUUGCCACUUGGCUCAUGAUUCAGAUGUGCACGGAGAGACAGUACCCUCCAGCUGAUGUCGCACAGCUUAUAGACGUAGCAGUCACAAGCUUGCAGCCACGAUGCCCCCAGAACCUACCGAUCUACAGAGAAAUCCAAACAAGCAUGGGACGGAUCAAGACUCAAAUCAUGUCCCUUGUACCAACUUGAAGAGGAGCCAACUCAUUUGGGUUGGUUUUCUUUUGUUUUGAAUCUUCUUUAGGUAAGUCUAGUCUCCUUUUAACUAGAGUAGAUGAUGACAUCUUCACCUGAGAAAAUGGUGUUAAAAGUUCACGGAUUCAAGAUAGCUUGACCAGAGGUAUUUUAGUUGCUUAACAAGCUUUUGGCUUAUUCAGGGGCUUUUGGUAGUGAACCAUUGGUUCUGUAACUUAAACUGAUGUUUAUGCUCAUAUUAUAAUUCCCCAUCAAUGUCGUUCAGAAAUCGCUAAAAUGCCCAUUUUUCCUA